AGAAACGCUGCUGUAGCUUCCGUGUGAACUGCACUGGGCUGUGAGUGGAAGCAUGAAACACUCUGAAUGUAAUCAUUUUCACGAAUCUAAGAGACCUGCGUGGAUUAUAAAAUGCAUAUACAUGGUUGGUUUCAUGGACCUCUUUGGGGUCAGUAUGAUCAUCCCUCUACUGAGUCAUCACGUGAAGGCAUUAGGAGCAAGCCCAAUAGUCUCUGGAGUAGUGGGAUCCACAUAUGGUGUUUUACAGCUUUUCUCCAGCACUUUAGUAGGUAGCUGGAGUGAUGUAGUGGGGAGGCGCUCUUCUUUACUUACAUGCCUUCUGCUCAGUGCAUUCGGAUACGGCCUUCUGGGGAUGUCCACCUCUAUUGCCCUGUUUGUGCUGGCCCGAAUUCCUGUGGGGCUUUUUAAACACUCCUUGUCCAUUUGCCGAGCUCUCCUGUCAGAUAUCGUGUCAGAGACAGAGCGCCCUCUGGUGAUGGGUCAUUUCAAUGCAGCUUCCAGUGUGGGAUUCAUCCUGGGCCCAGUGGUAGGAGGCUACCUUACUGAACACGAGGGAGGAUUUUAUAUGUCCUCCUUUGUCUGUGCUGUUAUCUUCCUCCUUAAUGCAGGUUUGGUCUGGAUGUUACCAUGGACUGAGAUUCAAAACCAACAUUUAACUACUAACAGUAAUGGUAAAAACAGACAGACGUGUGACCGGCUGGGAAACUGCGAUGCAAACCAUCAUGGUUGUACUGUGUCCUCUAAAACCCAUCGUUCUGCUGGAUCUCUGUGCAAGGACUGGGGUAAUAUGGCUCUACUCCAGCUGACCUCAGUAGGAGCACACAUCCGCAUUGUGGCCUCUUCUGAUCUGUGGGAUGUGUUCCUGGUGCGCCUACUAAUGGCGCUGGCAAUCAUGCUUUAUCACAGUAACUUCUCUCUGGCCAUGGAAGAGCGCUUUGAUUUGAAACCCAAAGUGACAGGGUACAUGAUCAGCUACAGUAGCAUGCUGGGUGCACUGGCUGGGUGCCUGGUGGGCCCCAUGACUCGUCUGUACAGAGGCAAUAUGUCUGCUCUGCUGCUGCACUCCACAGCCUUCACAUGCACAUUGAUCUUCGUGUAUGCCUCAGCAGGCAGCGUCUGGAACGUGCUGCUCUCCUCCACGUUCUUUGCCAUCUCUACCAGCGUGGGCCGCACCUGCAUUACAGACCUGGAGCUGCAGCAUGGAGGCAGUGUGAAGGCCAGUGGAACCUUAAUCGGUGCUGGCCAGUCAGUGACGGCAGUGGGGCGCAUAUUGGCCCCGCUGCUCUCCGGUCUGACUCAGGAAAUAAGCCCAUGUGGUCCACCAAGUCUCGGGGUGCUGCUGGCUCUCACAGCUCUGGUGCUACUGCUUGUCAGGACCCCAAAGUGGGCUAAGAUGAAGUGGAAGAAAGCCAAAGAGUGAUUGGAUAGAGUUUCAAAGAUACAAAGAUUUAAGAGAAUAAGGUACACUGGCAGAUUUUGCUGGCAGCUGUUGAAGUUGGCAUUUAUCUGACUAUGGAAUCAAUAGGUUUCUGGAAGUUGUGAUCUAAGUCAAACUGGUUUGCUCUUAGAGUAGUUGCAGCAGAUAUGACUGGCAGUAGCCACUUGUGCCACCAAACACAAACUAGGAGGACCUGCCAAAGCUAAUGGAGACACUGAGACUGAUUCAUGUCUGAUACAAGUAUUUACAGAAUUUGUUUUUAGGGUUUAUUUUGAGGGCUGGUCAUGUAGAAGACAAAAGUUGAUUUUACUAGCAGAAAAUUGUUGUGUUAUUAUAUGUAUUAUCCAGAAAUAAUAGGUGCAUCAGCUAGUGUUGCUGCCUCCUAGCACCCCCAGGGUCCCUGGUUUGUUCUUGAGCUCAGGUUAUAGUCUUUGUGAAAUUCCACACUGUCUCCGAAUGUCGUGUUGAUUCCCUCUUGGAUCCUUCUACCUCUAAAGACAUGCUUGUGCAUUGUACCAGAUGAUGAACUGGCAUCCCAUCCAGGGUGUAUUUCUGCCUUUUCCCAGUGUUCCUGGAAAAGGCUUUAGAUCCAGCAUGAAUCUGACAAGGAUUAUUCAGUUACUGAAGAUUAAUCGAUGAAUGAACAUUGCCAGAGUACAACAGAGUAUUACACUGUUUAAUGUAGUAUCUAAUCAUAAGUUAAGCUGAAUAAUUUAGGAACAUGCACCCUUUUUGCGGUUUUGCUAGCUCAGAAAUUUUUGCAGAACUAUACUGCAGAUACCAUAUAAAUAACUUACCCUGUGUAUGUUUAGUUAUUAAACACCAGGUAAAAGGAAAAGAAACACUAAUGAGUUACAGAAAGAUGAUGAAUGAUAAUGAAUCUCUGAUGCAGCGGUUGGUGCACUGAUUUAGUUAGUCGUCUAAUUUUUAUUAGGAUGUUCCACAUCUUACUAUACAGGAAAAUGUUAAAAAAAAAAAACUUCUCACAUUUAAAAACACACUAAAAUCAUCUGUUAAUAUGGACAAUCAAUCAAAAUGUAUUAUAUUGUUUAGAUUGGUAUCGAAUAAUUACAGUUCAAGUUAUUACAGUUACAGUGGCUUUAUUCAUUAAAGUGCAUGGUCAAAUUUGAUUGUAAAUCAUGGAUUAAACCGUCAUGUCAAAGUACAUGUAAAAUUUGAGCAUUUUAGCAACCUUAUCAUUAUUUCUACUAAGUAGCCUGCUGAGUGCACUAGUACUGGUAAGUAGUAAGAAAAUAGCAAUAUUGUUAAUAAUUAAAUGUUUUCUACCUGAUUUUGACCGCUUUAUUUAAAAAAAAAAAAGUGCAAUGUUUUUACAAUACAGUGGUUUCAAAACUUCGAACAUCCUAAAAAAGAAUAUUGCUGCCGACCCUGAAGUGAAUAACAACACUGAAUCACGUCCUGUAAUGUUUAACAAGGCUCAAAUCACAUGUAAAGGGAUUUGGAUCCACUCCUUCAUGCAGAACAUUUUAAGCUAUUUUAUAAUGUUAGGAUUGUGCAUUUGAACUUCAGUCUUCAAUUCAGACCUCAGAUUUUUUGAUAGGGUUCAAAUUUGGGGAUUGAAAUGGUUAUUCCAAAACACAGAUUUUGUGCUUUGUUAACUAUUUCCUCCAGUGUGGCUUUCACUUUGGCUGGCCUUGUCGAUCCUGUGGCUUCAACUGAGGUCUCCGUAGCAGAGGGUUUCUUGCCUCACCGCUGCCUUGCUCAGGAGGCUCUGGGCUCCAUAUCGCCGGGGGAGAUACCAUCUGCUGCCCUUCUCCCUCAGGCUCAGAGUCUCUGGUCCAGUUUUGCGAAUGCCGCUGUGGAGCUGAGAGCCUGAAAGAAGCGGAGCCGGAGCUCAGGAUUGAUAAGCCAUACCCCUCCUGCUCUUCAUUUACCUCAUCUACUGUAGCCUCCUUAAAGGGCUCCAGCCUCCUCAGAGAUGUCGCUGGCAUGGAGGGGGUACGGAAAGGCUGUCUAGAUCUGGGCCUGGCUGGAGGGUAGCUAGGUUUUAUCACAAUGUCAGCAUCACCUGAAAAAUACAGACAUACUCUAGCUAUUGUUGACUACACAACAAAGCCUUGACAAGAAUGAUUAAGAUACUAUUAAUGUUACAAUAAAACUAACUUUGACACAAGAGUUCAAAACUGGAUACAGUAAAAAUACAUAUACAUAUGUAUGUAUGUAUGUAUACGUGUAUAUGUGUAUAUAUACAGAGAGAGGCAGACAGAGAGACUGAGAGAUAAGUCAGAGAGAGAGAGAGAGAGAUUGUACAGUUCUCACCAUUUCUGUUUAGCCUUUCUGUAGCAAAUUGAGAGUUAAGACUCUGACCAACAGGAAGAGAAAAAUAUUUUGGAGCCUCCUAGAAGAGCAGAGAGGGAGAAAAUGUGGGUACUUCAGAAGGAAAUGACUAAUAAGCGGAAUGCCACCGUACAGGAGCAGUAAAAAUAUGUUGUGGAACUGAAUUAAAUCAAUAUUUGUUACCACGCUUUGGCGUCUUCUAUGUCUAAGACUGCGUCGGAUGCUGGCGUGUCGCCUCAUUAGUAUCUCUCUGUCUCUACUUUCAUUAGGGAGGGCAUGUUUAUUGGUGUAGGACACCGUCUGAAAGAGUAAAACAAUCGCAAGAUGACAAAAGUCACAGCAAUACCUGAAACUUAAAAGAAUGUCAAUCCUUUCACCGCUCCACAGUAAUUAUAUGGAUGUUACAAUAGCGAAUUUGGAUGAUUUUAUUAAAAGAUAAUACUCUA